UAUUGUUACGAAAUUCCGGAAACAUCCCCUUCCGUGCUAAAGCAACCCUUGUACUGAAGUCACUGUUUGUUUCUUUCCAUCACUCGCUCUGACUCGUCUUCUUCCCCCUCUCUUUUAUAUACAUUACAAUUCUCGGUUUACGAAUUUUUGCAUCUCUUUCUUUCAACAUGACUCUAAUGACUACGUCUCCUUUCGAUCGCCAACAACCGCAGCCAUCGCCGCAGCAGCAGCCGCAUGAUGAGAUUGAGGUUCCUCCCGGUCCUGAACCUAUGGAAGUGUUUCUUUACUUUUUCAAUUUCAGCAGCAGAAAGCACGAGUAUAGUGGCUGCUCCAUCAUUGGAUGAUACACCAUCUGCGAAAUUCACCUGGACCAUUGACAAUUUUUCAAAACUUCCUCACAAAGUCUUCUCUGAUGUUUUCUGUGUAGGGGGCUUUAACUGGCGGGUACUUAUCUUUUCAAAGGGAAACAGUGUUGACCAUCUUUCAAUGUAUGUAGAUGUUGCAGAUGCAGCUAAUUUGCCUCACGGUUGGAGUAAACAUGCCCAACUUAGUUUGACUGUUGUUAAUCAAAUUCAUAGUAACUUUUCAAUAAGAAAAGAAUGUCAUCAUCAGUUCCAUGCACGUGAGUGUGAUUGGGGUUUCCAACAUUUCAUGCCACUUGCUCAAUUGUAUGAUUCUGCUAGAGGUUAUCUCGUGAAUGAUACAUGUAUAGUUGAGGCUGCCAUUACUGUGCGUAAAGACAUGGAUUGGUCAUAUGACUCAAAAAAGGAAACUGGUUAUGUUGGACUAAAAAACCAAGGAGCUACUUGUUAUAUGAAUUCCCUGCUUCAAACACUGUACCACAUUUCUUAUUUUCGAAAGGCUGUGUACCAUAUGCCCACGACUGAAAAUGAUUUGCCAUCAAGGAGCAUACAUCUUGCAUUACAGAGUUUGUUUUACAAAUUGCAGUACAGUGACACUAGUGUAGCAACGAAAGAGUUAACCAAGUCUUUUGGAUGGGAUACAUAUGAUUCAUUCAUGCAGCAUGAUGUCCAAGAACUUAAUAGGGUUCUUUGUGAGAAGCUAGAAGAUAAAAUGAAGGGAACUGUUGUGGAAGGCACUAUACAGAAAUUAUUUGAAGGCCACCAUAUGAACUAUAUUGAAUGCAUCAAUGAGGAUUACAAAUCAACAAGAAAGGAGUCAUUUUAUGAUCUUCAGCUUGAUGUCAAAGGCUGUAAGGAUGUGUAUGCUUCUUUUGAUAAGUUUGUGGAAGUGGAACGGCUUGAGGGUGAUAACAAAUAUCAUGCUGAGCACCAUGGGUUACAGGAUGCUAGGAAGGGUGUAUUGUUCAUUGAUUUCCCACCUGUUCUACAGCUUCAGUUAAAACGGUUUGAGUAUGAUUUUAUGCGAGACACUAUGGUGAAGAUCAAUGAUCGCUAUGAGUUCCCUUUGCAACUAGAUCUUGAUAGGGAUAAUGGCAAGUAUCUAUCACCUGAAGCUGACAGAAGUAUUCGGAAUCUUUAUUCACUUCACAGUGUUUUGGUGCACAGUAGUGGGGUGAAUGGUGGACACUACUAUGCUUACAUUAGGCCAACGCUAUCAAACCAGUGGUUUAAGUUUGAUGACGAACGUGUAACAAAAGAGGAUGAAAAAAGGGCUUUAGAAGAACAGUAUGGCGGUGAAGAGGAGUUACCUCAUACUAAUCCUGGGUUCAACAACUCUUCCUUUAAAUUUACAAAAUACUCAAAUGCAUAUAUGCUUGUCUAUGUACGGGAAAGUGACAAGGAUAAAAUAAUUUUUGAUGUGGAUGAGCUUGACAUUGCUGAACACCUUAGAAUGAGAUUAAAGAGAGAACAAGAAGAAAAAGAUUUGAAGAGGAAGGAGAAGGCUGAGGCUCACUUGUACACCAUCAUAAAGGUUGCUCGUGAUGAAGACUUGCGUGAGCAGAUUGGGAAUGAUAUAUUCUUUGAUCUUGUGGAUCAUGAUAAAGUUCCAAAUGUUCGUAUUCAAAAACAAAUGCCGUUUUUAGAUUUCAAGGAAGAAGUUGCCAAGGAAUUUGGUAUACCCAUCCAGUAUCAACGUUUUUGGUUGUGGGCAAAGCGCCAAAACAACACAUACAGGCCAAAUAGAGCACUGACACCUCAGGAAGAAGCACAAUCAGUUGGACUCUUAAGAGAAAUUUCCAAUAGAUCCAAUAAUGCAGAGCUAAAGUUAUUUUUGGAACUAGAAAUAGGGAAGGAUUUGCAGCCUAUUCCUCCUCCUGAGAAGUCAAAAGAGAAUCUGUUGCUUUUCUUUAAACUUUAUGAGCCUUCAAACGAAAAGCUUAGGUAUGUUGGACGGCUCUUUGUGAUGUUCAGUGGUAAGCCAGUAGAUAUAUUGGUAAAACUAAAUGAAAUGGCUGGAUAUGCUCCUGAUGAAGAAAUUGAAAUGUUUGAGGAGAUAAAAUUUGAACCUAAUGUCAUGUGUGAACGUGUUGACAAGAAUUCCACGUUCCGUGAGAGUCAGCUUGAGGAUGGUGACAUUAUUUGCUUUCAGAAGUCCAACAAAACUGAAAACAAAGAGCAAUAUCGCUAUCCAGAUGUUCCUUCUUUCUUGGAAUAUGUGCAUAACCGUGUGGUUGUUCGCUUUAGGAUUUUGGAAAAACCAAAUGAGGAUGAAUUUUGUCUUGAGCUGUCAAAGCUUGACACCUAUGACAAUGUUGUUGAAGAAGUUGCUCAUCAUAUUGGUUUGAAUGAUCCUUCUAAAAUCAGACUCACAUGUCAUAACUGUUACUCCCAGCAACCUAAACCGCAUUCUAUAAAGUACAGAGGAAUAGAACGGUUGUCAGACAUGCUGAUUCACUCUAAUCAGGCUUCUGAUAUUCUAUACUACGAAGUAUUGGAUAUCCCUUUGCCAGAAUUGCAAUGCCUAAAAACUCUUAAAAUUGCUUUCCAUCAUGCUUCCAAGAAUGAAGUGGUGAUUCAUACUAUUAGAUUACAGAAGCAUUGUAUUGUGUCAGAUGUAAUUAAUGGUCUUAAAUCAAAGGUUGAUUUAUCACGUCCAGAUGCAGAACUUAGAUUGCUUGAAAUUUUUUAUCACAAGAUCUAUAAGAUAUUCCAUGUCAAUGAACGGAUUGAGAAUAUUAAUGAUCAGUAUUGGACACUCCGAGCAGAAGAGAUUCCAGAGGAGGAGAAAAACCUUAGCCCUCAACAUCGUUUGAUCCAUGUUUAUCAUUUCUUGAAAGACACAAAUCAAAAUCAGCAAGUUCAGAACUUCGGACAUCCUUUUUUCUUAGUGAUCCAUGAGGGUGAGACAUUGGCUGAAGUCAAAUUGCGAAUACAGAGAAAGUUGCAAGUUCCAGAUGAGGAGUUUUCCAAGUGGAGAUUUGCAUUUUUGUCAUUUGGUCAUCCGGAGUAUCUUCAAGAUUCAGAUAUUGUUUCCACUCGGUUUCAGAGAAGGGAUAUAUAUGGCGCAUGGGAGCAGUAUCUCGGACUGGAACACACUGACAAUACUCCUAGAAGAUCGAAUGCAGCGAAUCAGAAUCGUCACCCAUACGAGAAGGCAGUAAAAAUCCAUGUUUAGAAACAUGUUUAGAAUCUUGAAGUGGUGUGAAGGUAAUAGGAAUGUGGAGAAGUCUCAUAAUUUUUUUACCGGAGGUUUAGCCUCCUGCAAUAGUGAUUUAGGAGAUUGGAUUUGAUGGUCCCUUUGUACUUUGGUACAUAACAUUUUGGGGCUGGGUUUUUGUAUAAAAGGUAUAGGAAUAUAGUUAUAGUUAACUCUUUCCUUUGGCCCACUCCACCAUUUCCUUCAGUCAGUGAGGCUUCGAGAGGACUAACAUUGUUCUUCCUAUUGGACAACUAUUUUCUUCCUUUUAAUGGAAGAGCAUCAUCAAAAGAAUUUAUGAAUGUUAGGUUCUAUUGAAUGUAAAGAGGUAAUAGACAAAACCAGAUCCUUUAUACAGUA